ACAACAAGCACAGAGAUCACGAAGUCUGACAGGAAGGUUUCCAGCUGCCAGUGUCUGCAAGCAUUUCAGCUGAUUAUUUCAUCAUCGGAAAAGACGACAAUGGGAGACUUAGUGAAAGCUACCAAAUCACUUUCCAAGGCUCAGGAUUACAGAGAUGAUACCAAACUGAUAAUGCAGCCAUAUGCUAACUGGGAGGAGUACUUGGUACCUGCCCCAUUCUCCAUAGCCAUUCUGGGGGAGCUGGUGUGUAUCUCCUCUAAUGUAGAUUUCUCCAUCAACAAAAACCUUCCAAAAGAUGGCUUGCAGUACAUCAAGUACCCAGACUCAUUCCGAGCCUGUCUUAUGCAAGUGGCUAAUUCUGGAUGGGCGGCAUUCAAUACGGCUCACACGAACAUGGACCAGAUCCGUCUCCACACUGGAAGUGUGCCAGCUUACAUCAAGACUUCAGUUCAGAUAUUACUACAGGACAAUGAUGAGCUGGUCCAAACCCUCCUCCCUGACCAGCUGGAGAGCAUAGCUACUAUAUCAGACCAAUGUGUACAACUGGCUGAGGGAACAGAGAAUAAGUUCACCUUUGUUAUUAAUCUGAUCCAAGAACUUUUAGAAGCUUGUAUAAGUGCAAAGAAGGUAUAUGGUGAUGAACUGGAAGAAGUCAAGCGUAAAAUUCAGGAGAACAAAAUAAAGAAGAAGGAUUCAGAGAAAGCCAAGGAAAGGGCUCAGGAAACACUUAAGGACAUGAAUAAACGUUUAGAUGACAUACAAAAGAGUUUUGAUAAAGCAAUGGAUUCACUGCCAUCUGGAUGGGACGUGAUUGGCAUGAACUUUGUAGGAGGGCUCACACAGCAUUCACCAGGUAUAAUAGAUAUUCUGUCGAAUAUGACACAGAGCAUAGCAAAAUUCGCAAAUGAAAGGAAGCAAAACAGAAACACCAGUGUAAAUGAUGACUUUGGUGCUAUGAGCAACAUACUUUCCAAAUCAGGGCAGAUUCUUACACUGGCUGAAAUAUUGAACAGUUUUAUCGACAAACAGCAAAUUAAAUGGUCUGAGAUAUACGAUCAAAAGGAAGACAAAACAAAGACAGCGUACUUGGGGGAACAAUAUAAUGAGAUACAAACUUCAGUGAAGAGUGAGAAAGGCUGUAAAGCCAAAAAGGCCGUACUUGACAUCUGCACAGAUGCUAUUAAACUGUGCUCUGAGCUCUCCAAGAUCGCACCUGACGGGAAAUGCGAUGCUGCCAAGACAAAAGUAAUGAUUACAAGAAUGCAGAAGCUGUUGAAACAGUGUCAGACAUUGGACUGUGAGAACAUAGCCUUCACGAACACACCGGUUUUUACUCCCGAACCCCCACAGCAAGCUAAGAGAAGUGGGACUAAACGGGCAGGUGAUGUGGCGGUGGAGAAUGCCCGUUUCCGCAUAGAGCAGAGUAGAGCCCAGCUGGAAAAGGCAAGACAGGAGCAAAAAGAUAGUUUGGACAACCUGGAGAAAAACCAGAAGGAGCUGUCAGAGAUCUUAAUCGCAUUGAAAAACUGUAAAGUAAAAGAGAUUGACUUCAACAACACCAUUAAAAUGCUGGUCAUGGGACUAGAAGCCAUGGGAAGAGUGAAAGAGCAGUGGGAGAAGAUGGUACGCUUUUUUCAGAUGAUCUCAAGCAUCAUUAAGACCAGCCUGCAUAGAUCUCUGGAUGAUUUUAGGAAACAGUCUCAAAAGGCAAGUCUGUCAUAUGAUGCAAAAAUCUUCACAAAAGACCUGAUCUACAAGCAGGCCAUUGAUGCAUCGAAUGUAGCCAGUUUGGUUAACAUGAUCUCAGGGACCUACGUUGAGGUUUCUGACAAACAUCUGAUGGACAGGAUCAGCAGUCUGGGCAAACUCAUGGCUCUGGAUCCCAGCAGACCAGAUUUUAUUAGUGAACGCCUAAGAUUACAAGAUGCCUGUGAAGAAGCUCAAAAGGCAAUAAGAGAUAUUGUGAGGGAGAAUAACAAGAAAUUUGAUCAAAAGGCACAAGAGAGAAUAGAGAAAAUUGAAGGAGCACUAAAGCCAAUGUUACCCCCAGUGUCUGAGGAAAAAAUGAAAGAGAUCAAAGAAAUAACAGAAUCUGCAUUUAAAGGAAUGAGUCAGGAGGAUGAGGAUCAGUUUGCAUGAAGAUUCUAUUAUAGUAUGUAUUAUACUAUACAAAACACAUACGUUUGAAUAUUAGAAAGAUACACGUGCAUGAGCACAUACACAUAACAUCAAUGCCAGAAAAGAUACUUUUGCUUUUGGACAUUUUUAACAUUUGCAUUAUGUAAAUCGCAUGUUCUUUAACUGCUUUUAAUUUUGCUGUUUUGUGAUGUAUUGUGAAGUACUAAAGUCUCUAGGAAUAAAAUAAAACAGUCUGCCAAACUAAACGCAUGUGUUGCAAGAUUUUAACAUAUAGAGAAAACCUCUUUCCAGUUAAAGUGGCAGGUCUGUGACACCAAUCAAGUUCAUCACAGCUUAUCGAGAUCCGCUUACAGGAGAGACCUGGAGUCAGACUGACCUCACUGUCAAAGGUCAAGGAAGAAGAAGACGACCCAGGGGUCUCACCAAAGAUUUUUGCGGGAAACAUUUUUGGUAUAAUUUCAUGUCUUAUUUUGUGUGCUUAAAAAAAUCUUUUGUAUAUUUUCUUUUAUUCACUAAAAUACUAUUAGUAGUUACCACCAUAAACUAGUAUUAAUGGGUACUUUAAUGUCAACCAGAUUGUAGAAGGGGAAUUUAUCUUAAUGAUUACAGCUAGGCAGCCGGACUGGGAAAGUUGAACCACCACAGGGCAUCUGAUUAAAGAUGAAUAUUGUUUAUUGUCUCUGAUAAUAAAGCCCUGCUAAUCAGCCACACAAUCCUUUCCUGUUUUCCUUUCAGAGCAGUUACUGAUUCAUUUUGGAGGUUAGUACUUUGUUAGUCCUCGUUAUCUUUGUAUUUAAGUACUUGCUCUCUUUCCGUUCCUUACUGCAUCAUUGCAUUUGUUAGGUUGUUAAUUACCUGAAGCCUGUUCCCCUGUAUAUUUACUCUGUGGCUUCUUUAGUUAAGUUCUGAUUGGUCCCCUUGUGGUCCCUUUAUUUGUGCUUUUCCCCAUUGUGUUCUGUUUUCCUAAUAAACUUUAUGUUGGAGCAGCA